GUGUUUUGUAGAGUUAACAAGAAGGACGGUUCUGAUCAUCGGGCCACUUAGGACAUGGGCCCCAGUGGGCGGCGAACACGCUGGAUCCUCGUCGCGACGGAGGCAACACGUACUCGUCGCAUGUCCCUACUCCUUGGGUCCUCUCCUUGCGCGCGUUCUAGUUCUACUCGGUCUCUCUGUUCUCAUUUCACACCUUUUCGAAUAUAAAAGCCUGUGGGAAGAAUUCUGCUGAGGAACGUUUGAAGAGACGAGAAAAGGACGAAAAUGCAGACGCCUUUGGUUCGAAAAGAAAGUGGCGGCAGCAGCAGCAGCAGCAGCAGCCGCCUCGACAGGCAUAGGAUCUUCGUUAGUAGGACCGACGCCAUUUCUCACGGUUCGGCGUAUCAGAGAGCUGCAGCGCUUGUCGAUCUUGCCGAAGAUGGUAUUGGUUUACCUGAGCAAGUUCUUGAUGAAUCGAGGUUUGAAAGGGCAUCAAAAUUCUACUUCAUCUUUAUCCGAUUUGAUUGGCUGUGGUCUCUCAAUCUUUUUGCGUUAAUAGUACUGAAUUUCCUUGAGAAGCCUUUGUGGUGUGCCAAGUACAUUCCAUAUACAUGCCAUGACAGGGAGUAUUUUUACCUUGGGGAGUUGCCCUACUUAACCAGUGUUCAGUCCCUUGUCUAUGAGGGCAUAACGUUAUUAAUUCUCAUGGUGCACACAUUUUUUCCAGUUGUAUAUGAAGGAUGCCGAAUUUAUUGGAAGAACCCUUUGAACAUAUUAAAGGUCGCAUUCCUGUUAGUUUUGGUCGGUGAUUUAUUGGUUUAUGCUCUCCUCUUGUCUCCUGUGUCCAUUUCUUAUCUACCUUUGAGAGUUGCUCCCUAUAUUCGUGUCGCCUUUGUUGUUCUAAAUGUUAGGGAAUUACGAGCAUGUAUGGUUACAUUGGCUGGAAUGAUGGGCAUGUACUUCAAUGUCUUGGCGCUUUGGUCUCUGUUCAUUUUAUUCUCCAGCUGGUUAGCCUAUGUCAUAUUUGAAGAUACCCAACAAGCAAAGAUGAUGUUUAAUUCUUAUGGUGCCACAUUGUAUCAAAUGUUUGUUCUUUUCACCACAUCAAACAAUCCAGAUGUAUGGAUACCUGCUUACAAGACUUCUCGUUGGUCUUCCAUAUUUUUUGUUCUUUACGUGCUAUUAGGGGUGUACUUCCUCACCAAUCUGAUUCUUGCUGUUGUAUAUGAUAGCUUCAAAGAUCAGCUUGCGAAGCAAGUUUUUGAGAUGGACUCCAUGAGGACACGUAUGCUAAAAAAGGCUUUCAGUCUAGUUGAUAAUCGUAAGCUCGGAUAUCUUGACAAAAUGCAGUGUAUUCAUCUGUUUGAAGAGUUGAGUAAGUACAGGACUUUGCCAAAUAUCUCAAGAGAAGAUUUUGAACUCAUAUUCAACGAGCUGGAUCAUAGUGGUGAUUUCAAGAUUAAUUUGGAUGAAUUUACUGACCUUUGCAAUGCUAUCGCACUGAGAUUCCAAAAAGGGGCUUCUCCGUCUUGGUUUGAAUACUGCCCAUCAUUUUACCAUUCACCUUUAUCCGAAAAGUUGAAGGCCUUUGUGCGGAGCAAUACAUUUGGAUACAUAAUAGCUGCUAUACUCCUGCUCAAUCUAGUAGCUGUUAUUAUUGAAACAACGCUUGAUAUAGAGAAUGAUUCUGCUCAAACGAUUUGGCAAGAGGUUGAGUUUUUCUUUGGCUGGAUUUAUGUCCUUGAAGUGGCUUUGAAAGUGUAUUCUCUUGGAUUUGACAAUUAUUGGAUGGAAGGUCAAAAUAAGUUUGAUUUUGUGGUAACGUGGGUAAUAGUCAUCGGAGAAACUACAACUUUGGUCAUUCCUCAUGCACUUCCAAUCUUUAAUGGAGAGUGGAUACGGUACCUUCUAAUUGCGAGGAUGUUGAGAUUGAUCAGGCUUUUGAUGCAUGUUCAACGCUAUAGAGCUUUUGUGGCAACAUUCUUAACCCUCAUACCAAGCUUGAUGCCAUAUCUUGGGACUAUUUUUUGCGUGUUAUGCAUUUAUUGCUCUCUUGGUUUACAGCUCUUUGGUGGAAUAGUCAACUCUGGAAAUCCGAAGUUGGGAGGAACAGAUCUUUCUGACAAUGACUAUCUACUUUUCAAUUUCAACGACUAUCCAAAUGGGAUGGUGACACUUUUCAAUUUGUUGGUCAUGGGAAACUGGCAAGUGUGGAUGCAGAGCUACCGGGAUUUGAUGGGGACGUCAUGGACCUUAAUAUACUUUGUCAGCUUUUAUCUCUUGAUUGUCUUGCUACUCUUAAAUCUGGUUGUGUCAUUUGUCUUAGAGGCAUUUUUCGCUGAAAUGGAACUUGAAUCCACCGAUGCUUCUGAAGAAGAUGGCAAGGACACACAGGGGAGGAAGGACCGGCGCCGGGUUCUCAGCUUGAAAACAAGGAGUCGCAAAGUUGAUAUUCUUCUUCAUCACAUGUUAAGUGCGGAGCUGAAUGAAACCAAGAGCCCUUGAGUGGAGCAUAGUUGUUCCUGCUGGUAACUGGAUUUACAUCUUAUUCAUCUUGACAUUUUUGUAAUAAUUCCAACUAGGCCGGGCCUGGGGUUGGCUUUGGCCUGGAUUUUGAACUGUUCAGGCUGGGCCUAUUCAAAAUUUUGAUUUUGCCAGCCCUAGCCCAGCCCAUUGACAGCCCUAAUUCCUACAGCUUCAAACCUUCUUUAGACUGCAUUUGAUUUCAGCCAUUGGUUUGGGAAACAACAAAUGGAGCUAUUAGUGUAUUGUAAAUAUUAUCAUGAGUUAGACAUCUAGUACACUGAAGAUCAGUCAUUGUUCUCAUCA